UGCAAUAAGUUACUAGAUCAUAUGAUUGAUGGGAAUGCACACUUUCACCACGUGCAUGUUCUAAUAUUUUUUUUUGAGUUAAAUAAUAAAUAUUGUAAGAAAAAAUGACAGAAGAUUUUGAAAUUAUUGUUGGGACUUACGAGCAAUUUUUGCUGGGUUAUAAAAUUCUCAAGGAGGAAAAGAAAUAUAAACUAGAACGUAGUUUUGCUACGAAAGAUCACACUGCCAGUAUCAGGACAGUAUCAUCUAGAAAAAAUUAUUUGGCAUCAGGAGCUGCUGAUGAUUGUAUAAAUCUUUAUGAUAUGAAAAGUCGUACAGAAUCUGGAAGAUUGAUCCAUCACAAUGGUACUGUAAAUUCUGUAACAUUUACACCAGACGCAACUCAUCUCCUCAGUUGUAGCAGCGAUGGCAGCAUCGGAGUAGUAAGAUGUGGAAAUUGGCAGUUAGAAAAACAUUGGACGUCAGCUCACAAAAAUUCAGAGGUUAAUACCUUAGCAGUUCAUCCCACUGGUAAACUAGCACUAUCAGUUGGUACUGACGGAGUAUUAAGGACAUGGAACCUGGUGAAAGGACGACAAGCUUACGCGACAAAUUUAGUGCCCAGGUUGAAACUUAACGCUAAAAAUAUAACUGUCUUACGGUGGAGUCCAGACGGUAUGAAAUAUUUGAUGGCGGCAAACAAUCAGCUGGACGCUUACACGGUGGAAAAUGCUGGUCUUUGUGCUGAAAUUACACUCGAUUCUAAAAUUGUUUGUGUUGAAUUCAUCAGCGAUAAUGUUAUCGUCAUUGGACAGGAAAACGGUACACUGAAAAUUUGGGACAUAGAGCAAGUGACUGAACUUCUGUCAACUGUUGGUCACGACACACGUGUCAAGUGUCUUGGCCAUAGAGGGAAAUAUAUUGUCUCAGCUUCGAGUUCUGGAGAAGUAAAACUUUGGAAAUACGUAAAGCAAAAGUUGAAGUUUUUAACAAAGGCAACGUGUGAUGCGAGAAUAACUUGUAUGACACUAACACAUUUAUAAUAA